UUAUAUAGUAAUAGUCUUUCGGAACGUUGCCCCGAUCUGCGGUCCAUCGAUUUCAAAAUCCUCAUCCUGAAGCUAGCCGUUGCGUUUCUCCACUCCACUCGCUCACUCUCUCAUGGCAGCUUCAGUGGAGACACCAUCCCCUGCAAGCCUCAACAAGGAGUCUGCCAGUUUUAUGGCGUCCUCUCCUCUGUUCAGCCCUGGCUCCGAUAAGCGCUUCUGGAGCAAUCUUCGUGGCCGGAUCGAUGAGCUUCUUGAGGAUCGUCACCGAAAACUACCCGCAAGCGAAGAUCGGCUCAAUCUUGACCACUCUUUAACUGCGAAAAUCAACGAAGAGAAGUCGGAGCGGAUGAGGAAGAUGAAGGAGGACUCAAAGCUUCUGCUUAGAGGAUUUGACUCUGUAUCUCAAACAUUGUCUCAAUUAUCCAAUAAUCUCGACAAUGCUCUCCAGGGAGCUAGGGAUCUGGCUAAGCCACCGACAAUGACCGAGAUAUUCCACAUUAAUCUCAAGAGCUUGGAGAGUAAACAAGAGGGUUUACCAGAGAGAGAAGAAAUCGCAGAAGACGAAAAGACAGGUAGAAAAAGGAAGCUUGAUGAUAGCUCAGAGGAUCAAGCAGAUGAUUCACAGAAGGAAAAUGAACAAAACCCAAGAGACAAGAAGCUGAAGAAAGCCAAAAAUAUUGCCAUUUCCAUGGCUACAAAAGCAGCUACACUGGCAAGAGAAUUGAAGUCAAUAAAGUCUGAUUUUUGCUUUAUGCAAGAGCGAUGUGCUCUGCUAGAGGAAGAAAACCGAAGGCUUAGAGAUGGAUUUGUGAAAGGAAUCAGACCUGAAGAAGAUGAUCUGGUGAGGCUUCAACUGGAGGCACUGCUGGCUGAGAAAUCCAGAUUGGCGAAUGAGAACGCAAAUCUGACCAGAGAAAACCAAUGUCUUCACCAACUUGUAGAGUAUCAUCAACUUACAUCUGAAGAUCUCUCUGCUUCUUAUGAGAAUGUAAUUCGCGGAAUGUGCUUAGACUUCUCUUCGCCACAGCAAACAGUGGCAGAAGAUGCAGAUGGUGAUGUUGAUACUGAAGCUGCUGGAACACCCAGAAGCAAUGUUUUUGACUUCUCUACUUCACUUGACAACUGCUUUGACAACGAGAAGUAGCGGGAAUCGCAGGGUUCGGUGAAAUUUUGAUUGCUUACAUGUUUUGAUCUUGCAACUGCAGGAGGCAAACUGUUCUUUUCAGUAUGUUUUAUGACAAUGAAAUAUGUACCAUGUUAACGUGCAACUCUGUAGGCCUACCCUGUCACAAUGUAUGAAUAAGCAAACGAGUAAGAUUUUUUUUUUCUCCCA